UCAAAUAUCAAAAUAAAUAAUUCCAAGAUUUGACCCACUCCAACAAUUUCUUUAGAUUUCUUCACUAUCUUCCUAAUUUUUUUUCAAACUUUUCUCCUAUGAAAACAUGUCAAUCUUAGGCAACAACAAUGAAAAUCUGGGCUCAUCAUCUUUUCAUCAAUUCAAAAAACAAGCUUCUUUCUUCUUCAAGGAGAAGAUCAAGACUGCUAGAUUAGCUUUGACUGAUAUCACCCCUGCACAAUUAUUGGUUGAAGAGUCAACUAAUGAUAAUCCAUGGGCACCAGAUGCAAGAACCUUGAAGAUGAUAUCAAAAGCUGCUUUUGAAAUUGAUGAUUACUGGAGAAUAGUUAAUGUUCUUCACAACAGAUUGGGGACAUUUGAUGCAAAAAACUGGAGGAUACCAUAUAAAGCUGUGGUGGUGUUAGAAUACUUGUUGACACAUGGCCCAGAAAGUGUUGCUGAAGAAUUUCAGACCCAUAAAGAUGUUAUUCUAGAGAUGACCAAUUUUCAAUAUAUUGAUGAAAAAGGAUUCAAUUGGGGACUUAAUGUAAGAAUGAAAUCAGAAAGAAUCUUGAAAUUUCUGAAUGAUUUGAGUAUCUUGAAAGAAGAGAGAGCAAAAGCAAGAAAAUUAAGCAGAGGAAUUGAAGGUUUUGGUAGCUUUAACCAAAGAAAUUCUUCAGAAAAUGGUGUUCAACAACAACUUUUUCAAGAAAAAUUCAAGAGGUCUAAUUCCCAAUUUAUUGAGCAACAAAAUAUCAAAGAAAAUCAGAUCUUAACCAUGAUCCAAGAUGAUAAUUCCAAAUCAAGAAACCUCAUCAAGUUAAAAAACGAGCAUUCGGGUUCUGGUACUGGUACUGGAUUGAGUGACAAUGUGACAGUCGAAAAGUUGGCAAGUCAAUGGAGUUUGAAAGAAAAUAUGGUUCCAAAAGAGGAUCAUGUUCCUGUUCCAUCAGGGGAAUCGAAUCCUUUGUUGGGUGAUCGGACAAAUGUUUCACGGGUUAUGGUUGAUGAAGCGAAUCAUCCGUUUAAUGACGAAGAUAACGAAGCGAAAGUGUCUUUGAUUUGAUCAAAUGGAGCAAGAAGAAAUAUUUUGUUUGUUUUAUUUGUUGUUGUAACAAUCCUCUUGUUAUACAAAUGUGUUUUGGAGAGAGAGACAUCAUAUAUAUGUGCUCUUAUAAAAGUAUUAUGUGGUUGUGGGAAAGACAAAAUAAAAAAACAACAAUUGGAAGUGAAUCUAUUGUUAAUGUUUUCAUA